AUGCCUAAUUGUGUGUCCAGUGGUGUGUCAUAUGGAGGAUUUGCUGAUGAGGACAAUGACAGGGUAAGAACAAGCAAUGGCAGGUUUGGCAGCUUGGAGUUGAACCACUACAGGCGGCCUAUGUUGGAGGCAUCGGUUGAUCCGGUGAUCGAUCUGUCGGCUGCGAAAGAGGCAUUGGCAAGACGGAGCUGGCAUUGGAGUUUGUUGCCACCCGACCGAGCUCACCAACCCAGCUUGAUUCUGGGCACGAGGGAGACGACGCCAUGCAGUCUCAUCUACAGCUCGAAGACGAUGAGCACCCCCAGCUCCACGACCAGGGCCAGCAACCCCUCACGCCGCAUGCUACAGACGCCGGUCUGCCGCUACGUCCCGAGCUCGCUCGAGAUGGACGAGUUCUUCGCCACCGACGAGCAACAGCAACACCAACACCAGACCUUCAGGGACAAGUACAACUUCUGCCCCGCGAGCGAGCGCCCGCUCCCCGGCCGGUACGAGUGGACGGCGCUAGACUGCUAGGGCUUUCUCCUCACACCACCAGCAGCAGCAGGAGCUCCUCCAUUGAUCUGUGUAACACCAGAAUGACCACCACCACCAG